CCGAGUAGAACAUGGGUUUGAAUCCAAGUCGUCGUCGGAAUAUAUGAGUCCGCGAGCUUACAGCGGUAAUUUUGUCACAAACAAAAUGGCGGACAAAACAUGCAGACUUCUCGAUGGCAAAGAAGCAAGCGAUUUCAUAGCCUCGAUGGAUACUUUUGUCUUUGAUUGCGAUGGGGUGCUUUGGAAUGAAGGCGGACCUCUGGAAGGGGCGGUGGAAGUUUUGCAAGAACUUCGAAAAUUGAAUAAAAGGAUUUUCUUUGUAACCAACAACAGCUCCAAGUCAAGAGCAGCUUAUCUUAAGAAAUUUGAGAAGUUUGGUAUUGAAGCUUGUGAGGAAGAAAUCUACUGUACAUCAUAUGCUGUGGCAUAUUACUUAAAAGAGAUCAUCAAAUUUGACAAAAAAGUUUUCACGAUCGGUACAACAGGGAUGGUAGAAGAACUGGAUGCUUUGAAUAUUCCUCAUACUGGUUCUGGUCCUGAUCAUUCAUCUGGUGGCUACAAUAUGCAGGAAUGGACAUCAUUCACUCUGGACCCUGAGGUUGGAGCUGUAGUUUGUGGAUUUGAUGAGUACUUCAGUUACCAUAAACUCAUCAGAGCAGCUAGUUACCUUGCAAAAGAGUCCUGCCUUUUUAUUGCAACAAAUUGUGAUGACAGAUUCCCAUUUAGCAAUGGUGAUGUUGUUGUUCCAGGGACAGGCUGCUUUGUGAUUUCUGUGGAAACAGCAGCUAGGAGGAAAGCACUAGUCAUAGGAAAACCAGAGAGAGUUAUGUUUGAAUGUAUAAAUUCACGUCAUACUAUUGACCCAAAAACGACGUGUAUGAUAGGAGAUAGAUUGAACACUGACAUCUUGUUUGGCAACAACUGUGAAUUGAAGACCAUCUUAGUGCUGACAGGAAUCUCAUCCCUUGCUGAUGUUAAAAGCAUUAAGACAUCAAACAGUCCUGAUCACAAACGUUCCAUUCCAGAUUUUUACAUCCCUGGUAUAGAGGCCCUAAGACUACCAUUAAAAUCUGUUAGCAAAGCAUCUAGUUGACUGUAGUUAUUCCAUGAAAGUACAAUUUAUAAGUGGGCCAGGAAGGCAGGCUGUAAUUUCAGAUUAGAGGUGAAGGAUUCAUAAUCAUAACAAAAUUGUUCUACGUUUUCAUUAAUGGCAGUCUUUGCUGUUGAGUGUUCUUAUAAUAUUAGAAUAACUUAUUCUUUUUAGAACACUAUUUAAUUAUAUCAUUAUCAACUGGGAAAUAUCUUGUUUGGACACCAGUCAUUCAGUGUGUACAAUGCACAUUGUCCGGGAAGUUAAGUAAGUUAAGUUAAGUAAAAUCAAUCUGUAUUUUUAUUCUUACUCUGGAAUUCAGUGCACUAAGCAACUGAAUAUGAGCCAUGUAUUUAUAAUAAAAACAAACAAGAAACCUUUUUAUGUUCUGUCACACAUAUCGUCCAUGUCAAGAAAAAGUUAUAGAGUGUUUUUUUUAGUACAAAAUGUAUAAUAUUUUACAAAAAUGACAAUUGAAAUAAUAAUAAAAAAUGGUUUUGCUCCCUGUUAACAGUGUUAUUGAGACCACUAAAUAGCAGCAAUAAUUGAAAGAAUGUAAUACUCUAUCUCAUCUAUAAGCAUUAACCCUGAACCCCAUGUUUUUCUCUACCAAACUAAAGUAAAACUUGCAAGUAGCAUUUCGCUAACAAAUCAAUACAUUUACAUGUAUGCAAAAGGCACAAUAUUUGUACAGUCAUUUAGCUAAACAUUGUGCUUAAACUGAGAUGUGCUAAUGCAGGUACAAAAACAGUGCUUUACAAAAAUAUUUAUUCACUAGGUCUAAUGUGAUCUUGCACCAGGAGUCUUAGAACAGCAACACGCUCAUAGGUGAAACCACAACAGUUUGUGUAUGUACAAUGAUGCGAUUUUCCCCUCUUGAUGCAUGUUUAUGUUCUCCUCAAAUUAGAUUUGCUAACUGGAAGGGUUGACUCUUAGCGUAAGCUUAACCUCAGUCGACUGAAUCAAAAAAAAAAAAAAAA